AACCACCCUUACUCCGACGACGAGAGCCACACAGCGACGAGCUCCCUCGGCUGCUAGGUCGCCUCCGCCUCCGCCUCCGCCUCCGCCUCCGCCUCGCAAGCACUCGAACGCGCACUCGGACGUUAACGGCGGCCGGCCGGCGGGGGGAGAGAGAGAUGGGGCGCGCCCCGUGCUGCGAGAGGAUGGGGCUGAAGAGGGGGCCGUGGACGCCGGAGGAGGACAGGAUCCUGGUGGCGCACAUCGAGCGGCACGGCCACAGCAACUGGCGCGCGCUGCCCAAGCAGGCGGGCCUGCUGCGCUGCGGCAAGAGCUGCCGCCUCCGCUGGAUCAACUACCUGCGCCCGGACAUCAAGCGCGGCAACUUCACCCGCGAGGAGGAGGACGCCAUCAUCCACCUCCACCACAUGCUCGGCAACAGGUGGUCGGCGAUCGCUGCCAGGCUGCCGGGGAGGACGGACAACGAGAUCAAGAACGUCUGGCACACGCACCUCAAGAAGCGCCUCGAGCCCAAGCCAGCGAGCCAGCAGCAGGCGGCGGCGCCCAAGCGCAAGCCCACCAAGAAGAAGCAGCAGCAGCAGCCUGAUGCGGAGGUCGUGGUGCUCGACGGCCCGACCAGCAUCACCGCGCCCGUGUCGCCGGAGCAGUCGUCGCUCUACACGUCGACCACCACCUCCUCCGCCGACUGCUCGGCGGCGUCGUCGCUGGACAACAACGCGGACAGCUUCACCUCGGAGGAGGACUACCGGAUCGAGGACAGCUUCUGGUCCGAGACGCUGGCGAUGGCGGUGGACAGCUCCGGUGACUAUUCUUCCGGGAUGGAGAGGGAGGACGCCCCCGCCGCGCCGGCGGCCAACGACGACAUGGACUUCUGGCUCAAGCUGUUCAUGCAGGCCAGCGACAUGCAGAAUAACCUGCUCCAGAUUUAGGCGGCGUGCUAGCUAGAUGCAUGCUCCAUCGAUCUGCUGAUCGUAUAUAUUCUUUGCCUCACAAUUCUUUGAAUCUUUGUUCUGCUCCGUUUCGGUGGGUAUGUACAUCCGACUGAAAGCUUGGGAAACGAAAAGCAAUUGC